GAUUCAUUAAAAUUCUUCGGUCCUGUCUAUCUAUAACCCAAAAGUGCGAGCCUCUUUUUCUUCUUACCUUGCCAAGACUGAGCUUCAGAAGACUUUGAUACCGCUUUACCUAUUUGUAACAAAAACAAACAUGUUCUCUAACUUUCUGAUCUGAAUAUAUUUGGAUCAAUUCUCUCUCUCUCUCUCUCUCUCUCUGUCAAACGUUUAGAUUCAAUCACUUAUUUCUGAUCUGGGAUUUGCUUAAAUAGGUAAUCUUGUUGGUUUUCAUUCACUAUUUCUUGUCUUUCUUUCCUUGUCUACGAAGUUGAAUUCCUUGUUUUGGGUAAUUUAUUCUGAACCAUCCCACAAAUCUCAAUUACCCAGUUGGGUCUUUUACAAGAAAAUCAUCUGUGUAUACCCUCUUUUCUGAUCUGGGUUUUGUUGAAGAGAUAGAUUGCAAAAAUGGGUGGUUGUAUCAGCAAGAAAAAUGUUUCAGAAACAGGUGUUAAUGGGUAUAGAUCAGGAAGAGGUAGUGGUACUGGGCAUCACCAAAGCUACCAACAACAACCAAUUGUUCACCAGAGCUAUCAAAAGCCAUCCACUGAAUACAUUCAGCCCCCUCCAGAAAGACACCACCGGUCACAGCCACAGCCACAGCCACAGCCACAGCCAAAGCCAAAGCCAAAGCCAAAGCCACUAGUCCCUUCUCCAUUGAAGAAUGUUCAUAGGUCGGACACAGAGACCAUACUGGGUAAGCCAUUUGAAGACAUUAAGCUACACUACACACUUGGGAAAGAACUGGGUAGGGGUCAAUUUGGAGUGACUUAUCUUUGUACUGAGAAUUCAACUAGACACACUUAUGCUUGCAAGUCAAUAUUGAAGAGAAAACUCCGCAGUAAAAAUGACGAAGAUGAUGUGAAAAGAGAGAUUCAGAUUAUGCAGCAUUUGAGUGGGCAACCCAAUAUUGUGGAGUUUAAAGGUGCCUAUGAGGAUCGGCAUUCGGUGCAUGUCGUGAUGGAGCUUUGCACCGGUGGGGAGCUAUUUGAUCUAAUUACCGCUCAGGGCCACUAUUCUGAGAGAGCUGCAGCGGCAAUUUGUAGGUCUAUUGUGAAUUUUGUUCACAUUUGCCAUUUUAUGGGUGUGAUGCAUAGGGAUCUCAAACCUGAGAAUUUUUUGUUAUCAAGCAAGGAUGAAGGGGCAAUGCUCAAGGCAAUUGAUUUUGGACUGUCUGUCUUCAUUGAAGAAGGAAAGGUGUACCGUGACAUGGUUGGUAGUGCAUACUAUGUUGCUCCUGAAGUGUUGCGGCGCAGUUAUGGAAAGGAAAUAGAUACUUGGAGUGCAGGAGUUAUUUUGUAUAUUCUUCUCAGUGGUGUGCCCCCAUUUUGGGCUGAAACCGAGAAGGGAAUAUUUGAUGCCAUACUGGAGGGACAAAUUGACUUCGAAAGCCCACCAUGGCCAUCUAUAUCAUACAGUGCCAAAAGCCUUGUUCGGAAGAUGCUGACACAGGACCCCAAAAAGAGGAUUACUUCUGCCCAAGUUCUUGAGCACCCAUGGAUUCGAGAAGAUGGAGAAGCAUCAGACAAGCCACUAGAUAGUGCAGUACUCUCUAGAAUGAAGCAAUUCAGGGCAAUGAAUAAGCUCAAGAAACUUGCAUUGAAGGUCAUUGCUGAAAAUCUAUCAGAAGAUGAAAUCAAAGGUCUUAAAGAAAUGUUCAGAAACAUUGACACAGACAAGAGUGGCACUAUCACCUAUGAGGAACUGAAGACAGGAUUGGCUCGGCUGGGGUCAAAGUUGUCGGAGACUGAAGUCAAGCAACUCAUGGAAGCUGCUGAUGUGGAUGGAAAUGGAACGAUUGACUACCUUGAAUUUAUUACCGCAACCAUGCAUAGACACAAACUAGAAAAAGAUGAGCAUCUAUAUAAAGCAUUUCAGUAUUUUGACACGGAUAGCAGUGGCUUUAUCACAAGAGAUGAAUUGGAAACUGCCAUGAAGCAAUACGGAAUGGGCGAUGAUGCCACCAUAAAAGAAAUAAUAUCAGAGGUCGACACAGAUAAUGAUGGAAGAAUCAACUACGAAGAGUUCUGCACAAUGAUGAGAAGUGGAGCACCACAGGCAGGCAAACUCUUUUAGUUUCACUCAUGCACUAAUCUCUAGGUUCUGCUCGGGUGAUUAAGAGACGCGUGGGAGUGAAAGAUAUUUAACCACAAGGUUUGUAGAGAGGCUUUUGCUGGCUUCUCCACUUCAAAAGUAGGCAGCUGGGUAGGAGAGUUGAUUGCUUUGUGGUUAAAUGCGGUUUUUUGCAUAUUUAGUUUCUUUGUUUGCUUUCAGCAUCAUUGUGGUUUUUUGUGUAUUGUUUCCACCCCACUUUUGAUCUCUACGUUUUAGCAGAUCCCUUUUGAAAGGAAAUGUAUAUGAUCUCAUAUGGUUGACGAUAGAUGAUUUGAGAUUGUGUUACCUGGCUUAUGUUUCUUUGGAUGUGACUCUUUUUGGUCCUCUGUAAGAAAAAUAAAUUCAGAUGCUAUGUGGGUGUUUAUUUAUUUCC